UCACCCAUUUGUCCGCCCGUAUUCCCAAAAGCGCGAAGGCUCAGCCCUUUUUCUCCGAUUUCAUCGCUCUGGAUUCCGGCAAAAUCCCUAACAAGAAGAAGAAGCGGUCGCAGAUCACUCGAUUCCGGCAAAAUUCCCAAAAUCCUCCCGUUUCUUUCCAAGCUCCUCAGGCUCAUCCCUACUCUCCUCCGCCGAAACCCUAGAUCCGGUCCUCCGCCGAAGCCCUAGAUCCGGUCCUCCGUCGAAGCCCUAGCCCCUGAAGAUCUAUCGGCUAGCACGAGGAGGCCGAAGCCCUGAGCAGCAGAAGUUCUUUCCAACUCAGAAGGCUUUGAAACCCUAAAAAUCUAGCCCUAAUGCCUUUGUUUUCCUGAGCACCAGAUUUGUGUGGUAGCUACUGUAGCAAUAGGCGAUGGGCACUGUAGCUGUAGCCGGUGGGCGCCGUAAGGUUGACUUUAACAGCCGGAGAUGAUGACUUUAACACUCAGAUCCGCCUCCAAAAUAUCUCCUGCUUCCUUUCAUCAGAUAAAGCACAAGAAGAAUCAAUGGGCACUUCCAGUGUGCCCUUCGAGCUCCUGCUCUUCUUCCCGAUCAGUUCAUCUUGUGGUCGAAUGCGGGGUGCGAUUUCGGCCUUGUAUUGAUAUACAUGAGGGAAAAGUCAAGCAAAUAGUUGGAUCCACACUUCAAGAUUCGGGUAAAGGCACUCUAAUAACCAAUUUUGAAUCAGAUAAAUCUCCAGCUGAAUAUGCAACUUUGUACAAGAAGGAUGAACUUGCUGGGGGUCAUGUGAUAAUGCUUGGUGCUGAUGCUGCAAGCAAAUGUGCAGCUAUUGAAGCCUUGCAUGCCCAUCCAGGGGGGAUGCAAGUUGGUGGUGGCAUCAAUGUCGACAACGCUCAGAGCUAUAUUGAGGAAGGAGCCAGUCAUGUGAUUGUAACAUCGUAUGUUUUUGAUGGUGGACAUAUGGACCUUGAACGACUUAAACGGCUUGUUCAGUUGAUUGGGAAGAAUAGGCUCGUUUUGGAUCUUAGUUGCAGGAAGAAGAACUCUAGUUAUUUCAUUGUCACGGAUAGAUGGCAGAAGUUCAGUUCUGUAAUUCUGGAUAAGACAAGUUUGGCAUUCCUUGCUACAUUUGCUGAUGAGUUCUUAGUUCAUGGAGUUGAUGUAGAAGGGAAAAGGCUAGGAAUUGACGAGACACUUGUGACUUUGCUUGGUCGCUACUCACCUAUACCAGUAACUUAUGCUGGUGGCGUGAAUUCAAUGGCUGAUAUGGAGAGGAUAAAGAAGGCGGGCAAGGGUAAUGUGGAUGUCACAGUAGGAAGCGCUCUCGAUAUAUUUGGUGGUGACCUGUCUUAUAGAGAGGUUGUUUCUUGGCAUAACGAACAAAAGUCAGUGAGACGAUAGCUUUUAUAUCCUCCAAGAAUGCGAACAAACGAAUGAUACGUCUAGAAUUGCUUCCCUUCGAAUAGCAGCACUUGGUAGCUGAUAAAGCUUUGAUGUUUGGUUAUUUGGGAAUUUUGGAUACAGCUUGUCAUGAAAGCAGAAAAGGUUUGAUGUCUAAUGAUUCGAAUGUUGAUUAAUGUUAUGUUCGGAUAUUAACGUAAAUUAGGAUAAAUUGCUGGCUUUUGACACAGGGAUUUGGUCUGGGAUUACCAAUAAUAUUUGUGUGAUGUCAUUUUAAA